CGGCUGGAUAGAAUUUCCCGAGCACGAACUAUUGACUGACUUUCAGCUGAAGUUGUUGAUGUAUGGAACGAGGCUCGCAAUUACAACUACAACAUAUUGCAGAUACAAAACUAUUAACAAACUAGCCACUUAGAUCGAAGUUACAUACUUAGUUAUAUACGACUUCAGUACGAGUACUUGAUGGCGAGCUAGAAGUUCACUCAAAACAAACAAGAACCAAACAGUGUGAGAUAACAAAACACUGCAUCUCAUAGCACGACCUUCACACGCUUGUUGACACCAUGAUCGGUGUGUACUCGAAACAGUACCCGUGCAAAAGGCGAUAGCACCACCACACUAGCUUGUUAAACAAAUAUAACAUGUAUCAAAGUAUCGCCAGAUAGUAAACUGGCUAGGCCAGUUGGAUAGCAUUGGUGCUAACGUAAGCUAGCUAGCAAGCUAGCGCAGCCAGCUAGUUGACUUGGAAAUCAUUGUUGAUUUGACAGAGCAAGAUAUCAUACAUGCUCAAACGCGAAGAUAAUUGCCUCACAAGCAAACUGAAUACAAAGAAGCAUGUGUUGUCUUACUUUUGUGUGCAGACUUAGUGCUAACUAUGUCACUAGUUGUUCUCCAUCUUCCUUCUCAGCGCUUUGUUUUUCACAUCCACACAGGCCUGACCAAAACAGCAGCCACGGACGCCAUGUUACACUCGCUGCAUUGUGGGAAGCUUGAUGAUGUGUCCCUAGUGGUGAAUGUAGCCAGUGAGUGUGGUUUCACAGAGGAGCAUUACAGAGACCUACAGCAGCUGCAGCGGGACUUAGGGCCGUACCACUUCAACGUGAUGGCCUUCCCCUGCAACCAGUUUGGUCAGCAGGAGCCUGGUAGUGACAAGGAGAUUGACAGCUUUGUGCGUCGUGUCUAUGAUGUCUCCUUUCCACUUUUUAGCAAAAUUGCUGUGGUUGGAACCGGGGCUAACAACAUCUAUAAGUACCUUGCAGAGGCAACUGGGAAGGAACCUGACUGGAAUUUCUGGAAGUAUCUCAUUGAUGUAAAUGGAAAGGUAGUUGAUGCAUGGGGGCCAAGUGUUCCUGUCAAAGAAAUCAGACCCAAAAUCACGGAAAUGAUACGCCGGAUCAUCUUAAAUAAGAAAGAAGAACUUUAACACAAGACUUAAAAUGCCAAAAUAGGGUUUGUGGUUUACUGUAUGUAACCAUCACAUGUUUAGUGAUAGUUUGAAUGCCAUCAGGCGCCACAAACACAACUAUCAUUUAUGUGUUUUGUUGUUCUUUUUGUUGGUGAAGGUGUUUGUUUGUUAUUCUUAUUAAAAUAUGAGUGUCACCACUAUCUUGAA